GAACUACCAAUUGAAUGUACAAAUGUAAUUACUGUUGAGCAGGGGGACUCUCAAACCAAGAUAGUAGAUGGUUCUGGAAUUAAGAGAUGUCCUUCAAAAAGGCGAUGAAGGCUUUGGCCAAUUCCCAGACACUUUGUCCAAUUCUCUUUUAAAGCUUAUAGUUAAUGAUGUGGAGCCAACGGAUUCAGAGUUGUUGUUGGGCAGUGUGAAAGAGCUGUUUAAGGGGAAAGGCACAUCUGCAGUGAAGGCCAGGAAGAAGUUGUCACUUAGCAUUUCAAAGCGUUUUCGAAAGGUUAAGGAAAGGCAGAUGAAUAUACGCGAUGCGUUUGUUAGGCAGAAGACUGCGGGGGAGGCAUGUGGAAGUGUGUUGAAGCGUAAAGGGAAGACGGUGUGUGUGGAAAAUAAGGAUAGUGAGCAGUUGGAUAUGGUGAAGGAAAUCAAGAAGAUAAAAGAAAAACAGGAUGCGCAGGACAAGAAACUGGAUGAAAUCUUGGGCAUUCUUCUGCAAAAAACAGCGAAUGUUGAAGCCGGCUCUGCGUCUGGGAAAGGGUCUUUGAUGGGAGGUAAUGAAGAACCUAGGGUCCGGAAUGAAGGUAUCACUAUUGAGGGAAAUACAGAUGUUGAGGGUAAAUGUGGGGUUGAUUUGGAUUUGAGUUGUGACGAUGGGGGCCCAUCAUUUGAUCUUUUAACUCCAUUGCCUAGGGUCGAUGCAGUUGGUGCUGAAAUAAGAAAUGACAAGAGUGGAAAUGUUUCGGUGACAGAAGCUUGUGACCCUGUAAAGGAGGGGACGUGUCUAGAUAUUCCAUACACUGAGACACAAUAUGAUCCACACUUCCUGGAACUUAUUGACGUGCAGGAAGAGAUGUUCAAAAAGUCUUUACAAAAUGCAAGCAGUGGUCCUAUGGUUUCUUGCGAAGGGAUUGUUGGGCAGGAUGCAAUUCAGGGAUGGUGCAAGAGAAGUGUUAGUGGUGAUGAUACUGCCAAGACAACUGGUAACACUACAAUGCCAAAAGAGGUGCAUGUACCAGUGGAUGUUGAGUCCGCAUUUGGGGGGUCGAGCGGUUCGAACAAAGGGAAUCUUGGGCAGCACAUCGAUGGUGGCAAGCGUAAACGUAGCUUGGAUGACGAUGAUUUUGAAAGAUUUUUUACUAGCAGCGGGGUGGGAAGUGGGGAUCAUGGAGUGAAUGGUGCUCAAGAUGCUUUGGUGGUGUUUUCCAAAGGUUCAGAUUCCAUUACUGCAUGUGUUGAGAUUGAUCGGCCCAAAAGGGUUCACAAGAAUCCGGAGAGAUAUACUCCCACAGAAGUCGAGCAUCAUAAGGAAAAGCGGAAACUGGAGAGGAUGGAGCGUGCUAAGCAACAUAUGGAACGUGUUAGGUUGGAGGUAUGCCAUGGGCCCUUUUCAAAAGAUCCAAUGGCGAUGCUUGCGGAUGUGGAAAUACAAAAGCAUGUUGAAAUAGUAAUGCAUUUCCUGGAAGUGAAAGGUAGGCAGUAUAACCUCUUGCAGAUGUACACAACUAUAACCCCAUACUUCUUGCAAGGGUUGUAUAAUCAUCAACAAAAGGUAAUUGUUGGCAAGGCCAAAAAGGCGGAAGUUGUCAAUAAUCGGAAUCUAAGCAGUGAGGUGCUGGGGUUGGCACGAGAAUAUUCUAGGCCAUGGUCUGAGUGUGAUUUUGUGUAUAUGCCCCUAAAUACGAGUGACCACUGGAUUUUGCUUGUCCUAGAGGUUGAAGGGAGGACAAUACGGGUAUACGAUUCAAAAGGAAGGAAGGGAAAGAGUUCCCGGGCAUUGAACGAAUACGUGGAAUGUAUGACAGAGUUGCUGCCUGUCCUGCUUAAUUUGUUGAGUGUAUAUGAUGAGCACUCCGAUGGCCCAAUGGGGAAAAAGAAGUUCAAUAUCAAGGUCGUUGAUGAGUGUCCGCAACAAGAUGACGGACACCGCAUACAUUCUGAGAUGAUGGCACAAGUCUUCCUUGGACUUGUAAAUGCUGUCAAUUUGAAGAGUGGUUGGGGAGGAACCAUGAUGAGAGCGCCGACCCCAAACAAUCUGUCGAACCACCCGACUCCGGAAAUUGAGUCUUCUUCCCAACAACCGCCUCCGCCGCCGCAGUCUCUACCUUCACAGCAGCUGAGCUCUUCUUCUUUAGCCUUCAGGGCUCAUCCACUUCAUCCAGCCCGACCCGCUAUAGUCGAUCUCUUUAACCUCUACUUAGGAGUGAAUGUGCGGCAAAAGCUGGAUGAACCAGUUCGUGAACCUCCGAACAAGGCACAAAAACGAGUUACUGCUCUAAACAGGGAAUUUCCUCCCCAAAAUGAACAGUUCCUCAUAGAUUUUGAGCACCUGCAGAGUCAAUUUACUGAACAAGAACAAUUGCAUGCUGUGACAGAAGCUGUUCUUAUUUCUUUGGUUAUUCAGUGUAGCAGCCAUGCUCCCCGAGCAGAAUUUCUUCUCUUUGCGAUAAAUGGUCUGUGUAGCAUAGGUUACAUCAAUUGGGACACGUUCUUACCAUCCCUUCUUUCUUCAGUUUCAUCAGCAGGCGUGUAUGUUGGUAAGGGAAAUCAACUUGGAAAUGCUGGAUCAUCUGCUGCCUUUUCACAAUCUGGGAUGCUGUCCAAUUCCAAUUCAGUAACUAAUAUCUCCAAUUUUCAAGCAUCAACUCCCGCAUCACCUUUACCCAAAAUCCACGGUAUUGGAUCUCCUGUACAUUCUGCUCCUGAACCAUCAUCUUGUGUCACAUUGUCCCCCCUGAAGUCAUCUGAUGUUAGUGGCGCAGGACAACAGUCUACUGCAAUAGCUACACUUUCUGUAAGGGACAAUGAACUAAACAGUCUGCACUUAUGGUGCUGCAAAAUAAUUUUAACUGGUUUGGAAACUAAUUUGAAGCCUGCAACACAUGCUGAUAUUUUACACAAUUUGUUGAAUUGGUUGAUUCGUUGGGACCAAAAACAUGAUAUAGUUGACUUUGACAGUUCAAAACAUUGCAAACUUGAUAAGGCCUACAUUGAGUGCCUACACAGUUGCUUAGACGUGAUAUGGUUGCUCGUUGAGGAUGAAAAGUGUCGGGUACCCUUUUAUGAACUUCUCCGGAGUGGAUUGCAAUUCAUUGAAAAUAUACCCGAUGAUGAGGCACUGUUUACUCUUAUUUUAGAGAUCCACCGGAGGAGGGAUUGGAUGGCCAUGCACAUGCAAAUGCUAGAUCAGCACCUUCAUUGCCCAACAUUUGGCACUCCUAGACUUUUACCUCAGUGCACAUCAAAUAUGUCUGGUGAGCAGGCAACUAACAUGAGAUACUCGCCAAUUACAUACCCUAGUGUGCUAGGAGAGCCACUACAUGGAGAGGUCAUACUAUUCUCCUAUGAUUUUUGGGCAUUGAUACUUUAUAUACUAAAAUGUUUUCAAACACCAUAUCCUUUGAGAAUAGUCUGCAGUUUUCCUUUUAAGACCUCUUCACUCAGCUUUGAAUGAGCUAUAACAGACUUUUGCUUUAUGUCUCUAUAAGUAAUGUGCAGAUCAGAAUGGAAAACAAAGAGCUCAUUAGAUGAUGACAAUGUACAUUAAGAUCACAGUAAUGGAAAUUAAGAUGGCUUAUCAAAAUACCUAGUACAACAAUAGUCCAUACUAAAGAAAAAACUCCAACCGUCUUUAUCUUACACUGUCCCAUCUCUUCAAAUUGUAGAUGUAAGUUGGGUUUAAAAUCCCCAUAGGAUGACAACAGUAGAUAUUAUAAUGCUAAAAUGGACUGAUAAGAUUUGGAGCAAUCUGUUAGCGCUGCAAAUUGAAGAAAGUGUUAGCCCUUCCAAAUUGAGUUUAGCCCUUCAAUAGGAUUGCCUAAACUUGUUCGAUGAGUGAAUAUUUUUUAAUAGGACGUUUUAUUUAAGAAUAGGAAGGAUAUGUAAUGUUGAUGAAUCUUUGUGAUUAAUAAUCUUUUCACAGCAUUACUUUCUUUAUUAUUUAUGGACUUUGUAGAUUAUUGGUUUCAUAUUCCCUCACAUGUUUAUCUAUAAAGUAUAAGCACCAUUCACUAUUAGAAUAUUCAUAAUACUUGCUUCAACUUUAUUUUGUUGAUACUCACCAGACCACCUUUCCAAGGUUGAGUGAAAAAUGAACAUGGUUUUGAAUUGUUAUUGUAUGGUCACCUUUUCAUGAUCAAGUGAGAAAUGAAUAUGGUUUAAAAUUGUUUUUGUACAUGCUAAUAAAUUAUUUAGUUAAGAGUCAUAGUUAGAGGAAAUAUAAUAACAAUGGCAAGAUCACUUAUUAUCACAAACAAAGAGGAGUACUGGAGUAGACUAAAUCUUGAGAUAUAGAAAGACUGUAGGGUAGGUUGUGAUAUCUGACUUAUUCCAUGCCGGAAUUCAGUGUGAAUCUUCGUCAUCUUCCUCCCAUCCGAAAUUCCUCUUUAUUUGUAGAGCCCAGGCUCCAUCAUCUGUCCCUUUAUUUUUGUCAGAACAACGGCAACAAUGGCGGGUCUUUCCUCCAUCUCUAUCGUAGAUGCAGCCGGCAAUGGCAACACCACUAGCAGCGGCAGCAUGAGGAAGAAGGACGAAGCCUUGACACUGUUCAUUAUCCGACCUCAACUGCGCCGUUCAAUCUAGGUUCUACAUU